GAAAAACACAAAUGAAUCAUCGGAUUUUCCGGAACCGCCAUAGAAAUACAUAUAUUCGGCAUAAUUUCAUUCUUCAUAAUUUCGGUGACAUCUUAAAACAUCUUAACGACCACGAUGAACUUAUUCCUCGCGAUGUUCCUGUGUUACCUCGCGGUACGGGGGGGGGCAGGAGAGUCCAACGUGAUCGGCUCAAAUGAAACAGUGAGAGCCGUUGUCGGUCAGGACGCCAUUCUGCCGUGUCACCUGGAGCCGCCGUUCGACGUGACCACUGUACUAGUGAUCUGGAAACGCAAUGGAACUGAUGUGCAUGUCCAACGACAUGAGUAUGUCAAACAACACGAGAACAACAGAACAUCUCUCUUCAAAGACGAAAUGCACCGUGGAAACAUUUCCCUAAAACUCGUCAACGUAACUAAACAGGAUGAAGGAAGUUACACCUGCCAUGUUCCCACUCUGCAGAGUAAGGUCAAGUUUGGCAAUGUGACCCUCGUUGUUGAGUUGGAGGAGAAUGUCAGAGGGAAUCGGACUGAAGGUGUCGAUCCAGAGAAUGGAAAUGAUCAAGUAGUUGCAGUGAUAGCAGGAGUAGGAGGAGUAUUAGGAGUAUUAGCGACUGCUGCUGUCAUCGGCUUUGUCAUAUGGAAGAAAAGGAAAAACACCGACAACAGAGGCAGCCCUCCUGUUGGGUAUUGUGUCGCUGGCUCCGAUGCUGCUGCCCCAGGAGACGGCGGGGGGGAACUGAGCGCUGGCCAAAACCCACCGGAAGAAGAGAUCGAACUUUCUGAAGGAUCUCAGCCACUUCAGGAAGUAGAGUCUGCUCAUCCACUUCAGGCUGUUGUUGCCGAUGUUGACACCCAGGACCAGAGAGGACAAAGAUGGCGUCUCCACGGGUCUGAGCCAAGAAGGCGAGGAAGAGGAAGCGGCUUAAGGAAACAAAGUAACAGUGAACAAGGAGACUGCUCUGCCUUCUAGCUGUCAUAAAAAGUAUUUAGGUUC